AUGCCUCUUUCUAUCCAAUCACACUGCGCCAAAUCCGUGCAACGGAAGACGUCGCUGGCGAUCGAUGCGCCGCCUCUCGCGCCCUACGACGACGGCUUCUCGACGGAGAGCGAGGACCUGGAGGGUCUGGACGAAAGCCAGUACAACGAGCUUUACAUCGCCGUCUCCGCGGCCGUCAGACGCACCGCCGUUGACAAGAACCAGCCAAAAGCGCAACACGUCCCAAGAACAGUAAAAGCCGUACAUCAAGAGAACAAGAGGACGCAGCAGACUAAUGCAACACCAGCAAUAAAGACAGAGGAAAACGCUACAGAUCGAUCAAUUGGCGACCUCAAUACGACCAGAAAUGGCGGAGUUAAGCCGGAAGAGGAGCACUGCCGGACCUGUCGCGGAUACUUGACGCCGCUGGCCGAGAGGCUCAAGGCGAUGCGCCUAGCUGCUGCUCAGUGCAGUGGCAAGAACCCUCCGCCGUCCAGACAGUGUGGCUGCUGCCGCAUUACCUAUCCACUUGUGGCUCUGACGGACGAGAGCAGACGUCGGUCGUGGCCGGAGCCGCGUUGCUACAUGUGCUACUGGGCGGCUCGAGCGGCGAAGAAGGCGGCGGGAGUUGGUGUGAGUGGCGUCAAGAGGGAGGUGAAUGGAGCUGUGAAGACCGUUGAGACUACAAGUGGAGAUAGGGGCAGAGACGAGGGAGAGGAGUGCUGCAGGCGCUGCAAGGGGAAGCUAGUGCCGUUGGAGCAGAGAGUGAAGAAGAUGAAGGAGGCGGUUCUGCUGCACAAGGGGAGGGGGCCUCCAACGUCUAGGCAGUGCUCAUGUUGUCGGAUUACUUACCCGAUAGCCGCUCUAUCGACGACAAAUCCAGCGGUAUGCACGAUGUGCGAGUCAGUAGCAGCAAGUUUGGAGACAAAGACCGCGACUUCUGCUGCUGCUGCUGCAAGUACUCUGGUUGAAAACAAGGUGCCCGCGGCCAAGCAAUCGGUCGAGAUUAUCGAAGUGGAGGACGACGAAGACGGUGAAUUGGUGGAGGAGAGGGAGUGCAAGUGCUGCCACGGAGAGUUGAUACCGUUGGCGAAGAGGGUCCAGAUGAUGCAAGACGCGGCCCGUGAGCACGGAGGGAAGAACCCGCCGCCGUCACGGCAGUGCGCAUGCUGUCGUAUCACGUACCCGUCGGCUGCGUUAACAGCUAAGAGCAGGAAAAUGACCCGAGUGGUGCCGAUCUGCCUGACUUGCUGUAAGGCUGGCGGGUCUACUAUCUACGAAAUGCUCGCUGUAAGCGACGAGUUUGUUGAAGCCUUCAAAGUUGAAAACCCCACGAUGGCACGGCAACUGCUGAAGAAGAAAGAAAAUGUAUCCCUAGCAAAACAGGUUGAGAGACAACGAGAACGAAUCAAGCCGCCGCAAGCCGUCAAGCGAGAGAUACAGUGA